AUGUCUCCAUCAUCUGCCCCUCAGCCGGCGACUGCGGAUAUUGGCUAUAUGACCGAGCCUGGUCCGUUGGACAACACAUACUCUUCCGAUACAAGCCUCCAACGAGCGCUUUCAUGGUACCUUCCAUCCGCGACACUGCAAUCUGUAGAGCAGCAUUUCACACAGCUCGGUGCCGAGGCUAUUUCCGACCAGAUCCGUGAAUGGAGCGGUGACGCUGAGCGCAAUCAACCUUACGUGAAAAGCCAUAAUGUUUGGGGUAGACGAUAUGACUAUGAUCGAUUGGUGACUACUGAGGGUUGGAAGCAACUCGGCAAAUGGGGUGCUCGGAACAGAAUUGUGUCUGCGGGUUAUGAUCCAGCCUUGGGUGUCGAUAGGAGAACAGUUCAAUAUGCAUUAAACUACCUGUACUCCCCUUCUUCAGGUCUUUACUCGUGUCCGAUCAGUAUGACCGAUGGGGCUGCUUUUAUCCUUUCCUCUAGGAUCGGAAAGCUUCCCGUCAAUCACCCAUUCCAUGCUGCCUUUAAAGGGCUGACUUCCGAGGGAGAUGACCAUUGGACUUCUGGACAGUGGAUGACCGAGCGAGCUGGUGGAAGUGAUGUGCAAAACACCGAAACCUGGGCUACAUACUUACCCCUGCCCGAAGGCUCAGGGGCUGAUCCGCUGGGCGAUGGAGAUUAUCUCAUCAACGGAUUCAAAUUCUUUUCGUCCGCGACAGAUGCCAACCUUGCUCUCUUGCUCGCGAGAACACCCUCUGGAAAGCUCAGCACAUUCCUCGCGCCACUCCGACGGACAGUCGUCGGACCCGAUGGUGUCUCCAAGGUUGUAUCGAAUGGAGUCAGGAUCCACCGUCUGAAAAACAAGCUAGGGACGAAGGAGUUGCCCACAGCUGAAUUGGAACUCAAGGAUAUGCGUGCCCAUCUAGUCGGUGAAUUGGACCAGGGUAUUGUCACCAUCGCACCACUGCUCAAUGUCACCCGCAUCCAUACCUUUGUCGGAUCCCUGUCCGGCUGGCGUCGGGCCAUUAGCAUCACAAAAAGCUUCGCCAAGGCCCGGACUACCGUCGGAGAACCUCUCUGGUUGAUUCCCAUGCAUCUCCGACUUUUAGCAGAUCUGGAAGUGAAACACCGGGGUGGUAUGGCACUAUCCUGGUUCACGGUCGCUUUGUUCGGGCUUGUCGAGAACAGAUCGACGGCUUCUACGAAGCUCGCGCACCUUCCACAGCCUGGGAAAGAAGCCGAAGUGGUUUUCCGUACUUUGACUGCUACCUCAAAGGCUGUAAUAAGCAAGAUGGCUACCCAUGGGAUCAUCGAAUGCCAGGAGUCCAUGGGCGGAGUCGGCUAUAUGGAUGAGGCCGACGAACCCGAGUUCAACAUCUCUCGCAUCCUGCGGAAUACUUCGGUUAAUUCAAUCUGGGAGGGAACCACCAAUGUCCUCGCCAGUGAGAUGGUUCGAUUUCUUCUCAAGAAGGAUAAUCUAAACAUCUUCAGAGUAUGGAUUGAUCGUACUUUGGCUCUUAUUCAAACAGCCAGUCUACGCGAUGCUUUGGUUUCUGCCUGGUUUGCACUUCGCGCUAGGUUCUCGAAGAAUGACCCUGCUACAAUAGUUGCCGAUGCGCGUCGUUACAUGUUCACCCUUGCGUGGAUUGUUUCCGGAGCCCUGUUGGCGCUGGACUCUGAACGUGAUCGUGACCCUGUAAGCACGGAGAUUGCCCGUCGCUGGAUCCUGAGUGCCGAGGGUGGCGUGGGCGACAUGGUAUUCCAUGAUAUCGCUACAGCUCAUGGUUCUGCUACCACUGUCUCUUCGGACGAGGAGCAUCUACAGUGGGACUGUCGCAUCGCCUGGGGUGUUGAGUUGCCUGCAAAUCGUGCAUCUGGACAUCGGUCGUUGCAAAAUGCAAGCGCAAAGCUGUAG